AACUGUUCAUGUGACUUGUUCAAAAUGGCCGACUUUAUACACUCUAUCUUGGUGAACUUAUUUCAGUGCUAAACACAACAAAUAUGUAUUUAUCCUAUACUUGUGUACUUUUCUUACUAUUAGGUCUAUUAACAUUAUCUGAAUCAAGAUUAGCUGACGAAAAAUUACAACUUUACAAAGCUUUUCAUGAAUUUGCAGUUAAGCAUAAUAGAUCUUAUGUGAAAAACAGUAAUUCAUCAGAAUUUCUUUUUCGUUUUAAUGUAUUUAAGGAAAAUGUUGCCAGAUCUCAAAGUCUAAAUGAAGGUUUUCCAAAUGGUAGUACUCGAGUUUAUGGAAUCAAUAAAUUUGCAGACUGGAGCCCUGAAGAGUUUAAAGCAAAGUAUUUGUCCACUUAUAAACCAAGUAAAGGCCUCAGGAAAAACUUAUCUGGCUUAAAGUUUAAGUUUCAAGAUCUUCCAACUAAAAAAGACUGGAGAGAUUCUGGUGUCGUCAAUCCUGUUAUGGAUCAAGGUUCUUGUGGAGCUUGUUGGGCUUUCAGUGUUGUGGAGACUGUGGAAAGUAUGUAUGGAAUUCAGAAAAAUGCCUCUGCUCCAAGCCUGAGUGUCCAAGAGCUGAUUGACUGCGAUAAGAACAACAGUGGCUGUGAAGGAGGAAGCAUCAAAGGAGCUUGUGAUUGGUCUUUAGAGAAUGGAUUAGUGUGGUCUGAUCAGUAUCCUCUCACAGAUAAAACAGGCUCCUGUCACAACCCGUCAUCAUCUUUGCCUCGAGUUCAUCUUAAAGCCUGUGAAAACAAUCAGUAUACAACUGAUGAAUAUCAACUUUUGCAGCUAUUAGCCUUUCAUGGUCCUAUUGCCGUAGCGAUAGAUGCUACCACUUGGCACAACUAUAUUGGAGGAAUCAUACAGUUUCAUUGUUACAACAAUUUAAAUCAUGCAGUACAAAUUGUGGGUUACAAUCUUGAAGGUGAUGUCCCUUAUUACAUCAUUCGUAACUCAUGGGGUACUAAUUUUGGUGAUCAGGGCUACAUUUAUGUUAGAUAUGGAAAAAAUCUUUGUGGCUUAACACAUGAUGUCACAUUUCUUGAUGUUGAUCUGAACAGAAAUACAUUUCCUUGACUCUUCACUUCUCAAGGAUGUCCUAAUGAUGUAUAAUCUAAUAUUUUAUUUGUCUGUCAAUGAAUUUGUGGAAACAAUGGCUGAAAAAAAAAAGGAGACUUGAAACAUUGUUUAAAAAUCUAGUUCUGUCAAGGUUUAUAUUAAAAAUAUACCUUGUAAUAUUUGAGAAUGUAGUGCCACACUUGACAAUCUUCUCAUUCUUUGUUAUAUUGUUGUUGUAUUUAUUAUUUUUUUAAUAUCCUUUUCUUUUUUAGAUUAUUUGUAAAUAAAUCCGUUUAUCCAUUUUACAUUAAGAUUAACUAAUCCUGUAAUUUCUAUAUUUAAAAUUAUUUGUUGUUGCAACUGUUAAAACAUUUAAGCCCUACAGAUAUGUCUUAUAUAAUUAUGGUAAAUAUAAAAGUUCCAUACAUGAAAUCCUAGUUUUACUUAUAUAAACCCAGCUGGUCAGAGCUUAGAACAUUCUUAAAUAGUAUAAAGAAAAUUUGUUUUUUUUUUAAAUUAUAAUUUAUGCUGUGGGCUGGGAAUUAUCAGAAAAGUAUUAACAGUCCUUGUUUUCUAAUUUUUAUUUAAAAUAAUAAACACAAUUCAAAAUACUAGUUCACAUAAAUCUGCAGAAAUUAUGCCUUUUGUGUGCAGAACACCUCUGAGUCUACAUUGGAAAUAGGCUUUAAUUUUCAUGUUUUGAGUUAAAAGAUAGAGGCUUAUCGUUUAUUUUUUUAAGCAAAACUUAAAAAAUUGUAUCCUCUUUUUUGUCUUCUCUUUCCUCCUGAUCAAUACUUUAUAGCUUUUUUUUUUGUAUGUAUGAAUUGUUUUUGUAUGGUGCAUCUUUCAUGCUCAUAGCAUGCUCAAUGUGCUGUAGUCCAAUCUCUUUUGAUGGGGGAAAUCUGCUUUUAGACGCUCAGCAAACAAAACUCAGCCUGAGUUGGGUUUUUAACCCAAACCCAUGAGAUUCUGUUGAGAUUUAUACCUCUCUGUCACACAUUCCAUAUUGCUUUUGAGUACUAAUGUUGUAUACAUAAUUGUCAUUAAGCUAACUAGGUUGAGCAGGUCCGAUUUUUUUUUUUAACUGGCAGAGCAUUCCUGAGUCUAACAAUGGACUUGGGACAGUGGUUUUAAAACUGUGGUUCAUGGUCCCCCAGCUGUCCAUGAGAUGACGUAGGGGUUUGAAGAAAGAUGACUAUCUUAAAAGUUAAAUAACCUUUCACUAAAAGUAAUUUUAUUAGAUCGGAUAAUUUUAAUAAUAAUCAACUCCUCCCAUUACUGUUUUAUUUGUCUAUUACCUACUAUUCUAUGUCGACCCAAACUAAAGAUUUGAGACCAUUUUUACUUUAAUAUUUUUGACUGUGUAAACCCUUUUGCGCGUGGACAAACUCAGAUCCUAAUCACAGAUGAAUCCAUACCAAUACAAGAGCAGCUUUUGAAAAAAUCCACCAGAUUACAAACACAGAAGUAACUGAUUCAAAUUUAUUUCCUUCAUUAAAGUCAUUGUACUGCUUUCUCAUCUUCUUAUUUGUUAAAAUGUGAAAUUAUUGCCUUAAUGAACCUCAUCAGAAAUAAAAUAAUGAGACUAGAAAGUUGUGCUCGUGGAGAUUUGCUGUUGCUACUUACAAACCUUAAGCCGGACAUAAAUACAUUCUUAAAAUUUCAUAAACAUCAUCCAAGUCAUUAAUAUUUUAAAAUUUUACUUUAAAUAAAAUUUUCUCAAUAAAUACUUCAACAUUUUAUUUUUACAUUUGUAACUCCUAUACUAUGCAUUUAUGUAGUUUAUUCACUUAGGAGUCCCUCGACACGUCUUGACUUUAUAAGGGUCCCCAGGUCAAAAAAGUUUGAGAACCUCUGACUUAGUAAAAGGAGAUCUGUUAUAAAAAAAAUAUUGUCACUAUGCUUUUCAUACAAUACCAUCGGCUUUAAAAAAUUAAACAUUUCAUAGCAUUAGAGUAUGCAAGCAGGUUAAGUGCAUGUCCAGAUAGAAUAAAGUAAUCCAUUUGUUUUCUGUUGAAUAAAUAAAAUGGUGACUUGAUUUUAACAACAUUGAGGCAUUCUAAACCUCAUGGGUUAAAGCAAUGCGAAAACAUAAAUUCUAUUUUUUGCCAUUCAUAAUCAUUGUAUGAUCAACCUUAUAUGGGUCUUUCACUUUAUUUUUGUAAUAUAAUGUAAUUAUACUGUUGUUAAUUGUUACAAUUAUUAUUUUAUACAGAACUCUCUAUUUUUUUGUACUGACUUAUCUUUUUAAUUAUAUUAAAUCCAUUUAUUUACAAAUCAUGA